AGUAGCUGCAAUGGCUUCUAUAUUGGUCCUCAUUCUAACCACCAUUUUAACCUUCAUUUCAGCCAAUGCUGCUGAACUCGAAACCUACAUUGUCCAUUUAGACUCAUCCAAGGGUCAACACUUCAUUCAAAAACAAGAUCGUCAAAACUGGUACCACUCAUUUUUACCACGAACCACCAGCAGUGCAAAUGAGGAACCACCUGCCAUGGUUUUUGCAUAUCAUAACGUGCUAAACGGGUUUGCAGCGAAACUAACGGCGGAGCAUGUGAAGGCGAUGGAGAAUAUGGAGGGGUUCUUAUAUGCAAGGCCUCAAAGAGUGUACAUGAAACACACGACUCAUACUCCCAACUUUUUGGGGUUGCACCAGAAUUUAGGAUUCUGGGCCGGUUCGAACUAUGGAAAGGGGGCCAUAAUCGGGGUUCUAGACACUGGAACGACUCCAAGCCAUCCUUCUUUCAAUGAUAAGGGAGUCCCUCCUCCACCAGCAAAGUGGAAAGGAAAAUGUGAAAUUGCAGGGUGCAACAAUAAACUGAUUGGAAUACGGGAUUUCACAACGGGUGAAAACGGUACACAGUUUGAUCAAGAUGGGCACGGUACACACACUUCGAGCACGGCGGCUGGGAAUUUUGUCAAUGAUGCAAGUGUAUUAGGAAACGCUAAAGGGACAGCGGUUGGGAUGGCGCCACUUGCGCAUGUGGCCAUGUAUAAAGUGUGCACCUUGUUGGAUUGUCCUGAGAGUGCGAUCAUAGCUGGAUUGGAUGCAGCAGUUGAAGAUGGUGUAGAUGUGCUUUCAAUAUCGCUAGGCCUAGAUCCUAAUCCAUUCUAUUUGGAUGGUAUCGCAGUAGGAGCUUUUACCGCGAUACAAAAAGGUAUAUUUGUGGCUUGUUCGGCGGGUAAUUCCGGCCCUUCUAACUCUACGUUAGCGAAUGAAGCUCCAUGGAUUCUUACAGUAGGGGCCAGUACCCUUGAUAGGAAAAUAGUUGCAUCUGUUUCUCUGGGAAACAAGGAUGUCUUAGAUGGAGAAUCGAUAUUCCAACCUAAAGAUUUCCCACAAACAUAUAUGCCAUUGGUGUACCCGGGGUCGAAUGGAGAUCUAAACAUGUCAUUGUGCAUGGAAGGAUCACUAGACCAUGUCGACGUGAAAGGGAAGGUAGUAGUGUGUGACAGAGGUAUAAAUGGGAGAAUUGAAAAGGGGCAAGUUGUAAAGGAUGCUGGAGGUGCUGCAAUGAUUCUACUGAACCAAGUGGAAGAGGGUGAUAGUACUAUCGCGGAUGUUCACGUUCUUCCUGCAUCACAUGUCGGUUACAAAGAAGGAGUCGCAAUCAAGACAUAUAUUAGUUCAACUGCUUCGCCUACGGCCACUUUAUUAUUCCAGGGGACUGUAGUCGGAGUAGACUCAGCUCCUGCUGUUACUUCUUUUUCAUCUAGAGGGCCAAGCUUGCAAAGCCCUGGAAUCUUAAAACCAGAUAUUAUUGGCCCGGGUGUGAGCGUGCUAGCAGCAUGGCCUGUUUCGUUAGAGAACAACACACAAACAAGCUCUACGUUUAAUAUAAUGUCUGGUACUUCAAUGUCUUGCCCUCAUCUUGCAGGCAUAGCAGCAUUGUUGAAAGCUGCUCACCCUGAUUGGUCACCUGCAACUAUCAAAUCCGCAAUUAUGACAUCAGCUGAUCAAGUUAGCCUAAAUGGUAAACCUAUUGAGGAUGAAAGAGAGCUCGGUGCAAACAUAUUUGCCGUAGGUUCUGGGCAUGUAAAUCCAUCAAAAGCUAAUAAUCCAGGGUUAGUUUUUGACAUUGAACCAGAUGAUUACAUUCCUUAUUUGUGCGGGCUGGGCUACACAAGCCAACAAGUUGGAGUCAUUGUAAAGAAAACCAUUUCUUGCUCAAAAACCAUUCCCGAAGGACAACUGAACUAUCCUUCCUAUGCGAUGACUUUAGCAAGUGGCGAAAAUAAAACAUACUCAAGGACAGUGACAAACGUCGGUGAGGCUGAUUCCACUUACACCAUAUCUGAGCCAAAUGUUGUUGUCCCAGAUGGUAUAGUUGUCGUAGUUCACAAUUCUACUUUGAAAUUCACCCAAGUGAACCAAAGGUUAACGUAUGACCUAACGUUUAGACGUUCCAAUAGUGUGGAGAUUAAUGUUCCUUAUGGUGAAGGAGCGAUGGCUUGGCGUUCAGGUAAAUAUUUGGUUAGAACCCCUUUCGUUAUCAAGUUCGUGUAAGACAUUACAAUGGCGAUCUAGCUAUCUUUGUAAGACCGUAUGCGUUUCCUACAUACGUUUCCUUGUUUCCUUUCUUGCUUGUUUCAUCGUUUGAGAUUUAAUAUACUUGUCUACAUGCAUUGUUUCACCAUUA